AUGACAGACAAAGCCACUAAAGAAGAGGGAGCGGCGGCCGUGACCGACCUGCUGAAAGGACUGCUGGAACAUUGGGCGGAUGAAUCCUUACAGCCAAACUCGCUGAUCAACCUAAUCGAAUUCCUCCAUGAAUCAGAUGAGGCGGACACUUUAGCCUUUGACGACUUGGAAACGGCGCCCGCCGAGAUGGAGGAUGACUACCCCGAGGUCCAAGACCCGUUAUUAGAAAUAAAUGUAGGGACCGAGCCCGAACCACAACCUUUUUUUAUAAGACAGCUUUUGAACCCUGAAUUAGCAGCUGAGAUUAUUGGCCUGCUCCAUGAAUAUAAGGAUUGUUUUGCUUGGGAUUAUCAUGAGAUGCUUGGAUUGCCAAGAAGUUUGGUCGAGCACGAACUAAAUAUUAGGGAGGGGUUUAGGCCUUUCCAACAGUCUCGAGGCGAUUCUCGACCGAAGUACAGCUUAAGGUCAAAGAGGAAAUUGAACGGCUCCUUAAAGCCGGCUUCAUCCGCACGGCUCGGUACGUUGAGUGGUUGGCUAACAUCGUACUAG